AUGGAUACCCUCUUAGCAAGCUAUCUCCACGACGAGCAAGCACGCGAGUCUAUCGUGGAACCGAUAUUCCAGCACAAACUUCUUCUUAGCCCCAUCUGCCAGAUUGAACCCGCCUCAUGUGCGCUAGAUGUGGGAUGCGGGCAAGGCGAAUCGAGCCUAGUGCUCGCGCUGGCCACGAUUGAGUUUCGACGUGUGGACAUCUCCAGCCUACUGCGCGAUGAUUUCAACAACCGUCCCUUCGAUAGAGCGGUCCUCCAGAAUGCUAUUCCCGAGGCCUUCCAACUCGCCGACGCAAAAGUGCGCUAUCUCUGUGUAGCCGAGUAUGGCUUGCGGGCGUCGGCGCCGGAGCAAGUUCCGCCUGUGUUAGAGGCUCAUGCGCAGGCUACCUUCCAUGCGCUGCGCAAGUCGACACCGGAGGAGAUAGUCUCACUCGCAGGGUAA